GGCCAUUCCACGGGGGGCCGCCUAGUCAGAGCAGAUGUCUGCCAGCCAGAGGUUUGCCUUUGCACUAUGCAUUUUAAAAAUAAGUUUGCUGACCGCCGGGCCUACUCCUAGUUAUGGCCCACAGGUAGUAGAAGACAAUGAGAAGCCACUUCCCAUAGACUGCAGAAUGAGCUCUUGGAGCGAAUGGUCAGAAUGUGACCCUUGCCUCAGACUAAAAUUCCGUUCAAGGAGCAUUGAGAUCUUUGGACAAUACAACGGGCAGAAGUGCAUAGAGGCAGUGGGAGACAGACAACAGUGUGAACCCACUGAGCCCUGUGAAGACGUGGAGGAGGACUGUGGCAAUGACUUUAAAUGUGGUACAGGCCGAUGCAUCAAGAGACGGUUUCUGUGUAACGGUGACAAUGACUGUGGUGACUUUUCAGACGAGGAUGAUUGUGAAGGUGAUCCCCGUCUCCCCUGCCGUGACAGAGUUGUGGAAGAAUCCGAGCUGGGGCGGACGGCAGGCUACGGGAUCAACAUCUUAGGGAUGGACCCCCUAACCACACCUUUUGACAAUGAGUACUACCAUGGACUCUGUGACCGCAUUCGGGAUGGAAACACCCAGGUCUACUACCGCAGACCCUGGAACGUGGCUUCUCUGGCCUAUGAAACCAAAGCCGAUAAAAAUUUCAGAACUGAAAGUUAUGAAGAACAGAUGGAGGUAUUCAAAACCGUUGUCCAAGAGACGACAUCAAAUAUUAAUGCAGGAGUAACUUUAAAAUUCACACCUACUGAAGCAAUUAAAAAGUAUAAAUGUAUGCCUAAAGAAGAAAAGUCUCCUCACAAAAAUUCCUCCCAUCCUAAAGAAGUUGGGGGCAAACUUGGAUUCAGAUAUUCCAAAAAUGAGACUUACCAGCACUUACUCUCACGUUCUUCUCAAACGGAAAAAAUGUUUCUGCUUGUGAAAGGAGAAAUUCAACUGGGGAGAUUUGUGAUGAGAAGUCGGGAUGUCGUUCUGACAAAAACUUUCUUGGAUGAUAUAAAAGCUCUGCCAAGUACCUACGCAAAGGGGGAAUAUUUUGCAUUUUUGGAAACCUAUGGAACCCACUACAGUAGCUCUGGGUCUUUAGGAGGAUUCUAUGAACUAAUAUAUGUUUUGGAUAAAACAUCCAUGAAAGAGAAAGGUAUUGAACUAAGGGAUGUACAGAGAUGCCUAGGAUUUGAUCUGGGUUUUUCUCUGAAAGCUGGAGUUGAACUCGACGGAAAUUUUAAUAAAGAUGGUUGUUUAAAGAAGGGUGACGGUAAUACUGUAAACAUCAGCCGUGAUGGCAUCAUCGAUAACGUUAUUUCACUCAUAAGAGGAGGAACCCCAAAAUAUGCAAAUGAACUGAAAGAGAAGCUUCUCAAAGGAGCCAAGACGAUUGAUGUAACUGACUUUGUAAAUUGGGCCACUUCCUUAAGUGAUGCUCCAGUGCUUGUAAACCAAAAACUAUCUCCUAUACAUAAUCUGGUUCCAGUACGCAUAAAAGACGCAUAUCUAAAGAAACAAAAUUUGGAACAUGCCAUUGACGAAUACAUCAAGGAAUUCAAUGUGGGAAAAUGUGACCCGUGCCAAAAUGGAGGUACAGUGAUUCUGCUGGAUGGACAAUGUCUGUGUUCCUGCCCCAUCACAUUUUCGGGGAUUGCCUGUGAAACCAGUAAACGAGUAAUUUAAGUGCCUCCUGCAUUCACAAUUCCCUAAGACUAAAGGUGAUGUCAUGGUGUACGGUCCAGAUCUCCCUUCAGGAUCAAGCACCCAUCCCUCCACCUCCUAGGAGUGUCACCUGCUGACAUUUCACACACCAUUUCAGUUCUCUUCGGAAAUCACCCUGUGACAAGGAACCAGCCACACACCCAAGGUUAUGCUCCCAGCCUGAGGGAGGCUCAUUAUCUGCUAACUGGUCAGUGUGGUUGGCAUUUGAUGGGCCAGCCCUCUUGCCUCAGUGAGGACAACUCAGAAGCACCAUCCAGUUUCAGAGCUCCCCAUGUGAUUUGCCGAACCCUCUGUUACAGGAGCAUCACAAUUGAAUUUCCCCUUAUUCCUAAUUUUGCUUUCCACACUCCUCAUAGAUUUUUUUUUCCCCAAGAACACACACUAAUAAAUAUGCUGCAUACAAACUCA